AUGUCGAUCAUGGAUUGUAUGAAUUCGGUAGAUUCUUCAUCUCCAGUAGUGCAAAAGUCUGCAAAUGACUUGAGAGAAUAUAAAGUGAUGCGUUUAUGCAAUAGGAUGAAAGUGCUUCUUAUAAGUGAUCCGGAAACAGAUAAAUCUGCAGUGUGUUUAUCUGUGAACAUUGGUUCACUGUCGGAUCCGAAAGAACUGCCUGGUCUCGCACACUUUUGUGAGCAUAUGUUGUUUCUUGGUACGAAAUCAUUUCCAACAGAAAAUACCUAUUUGAAGUACAUAACCGAUCAUGGUGGUCACUGUAAUGCUUUUACGAGUCCAGAUAGAACUUCUUAUGUGUUUGAUGUUGCACCUGAAAGUUUGAAGGGUGCGUUGGAUAUUUUCUCACAGUUUUUCAUCUGCCCUCUUUUCACCGAUUCUGCAACAGAACGUGAGGUGAGUGCUGUACAGUCGGAACAUGAGAAGGACAUUAGUAAUGAUACUAGACGUCUUUUUCAGCUAGAGCGAAGCUUGUCAAAAAGUGGUCAUGAUUAUACGAAAUUCCUCUCCGGUAAUCGAUACUCUUUAUUUGAGUCCAGUUGUGCACAAUCGGUGAAUACACGUGAAAAGUUGUUGCAAUUCUAUUCAACAUGGUAUUCGUCAAAUGUGAUGGGACUAGUUAUUCUUGGAAGAGAAUCCAUAAAUGACCUAGAGAAACUUGCAGAAGAUAAGUUUUCGGAAGUUAUUGAUCGUAAUGUUGUGCAACAAUCAUGGAACUAUACUCCAUGGCCUGAUAUAUGUCUCAAGAAAAUGGUAUAUGUCGUCCCACUGAAUGACGUCCAUCAAAUGAAUAUAAUGUGGCCUAUUCCUGACUAUAUUCCAGACUAUACAGCUCAAGCCACUAGUUAUGUGACUUAUUUACUUGGUCAUGAAAGUCGUGGAAGUUUACUGAGCUUAUUCAAAAAUGCAGGCUGGGCUAAUCAACUAACAUGUGAUGUUAAUAGAUCAGGAGCUGGGAUUUGUUAUCUGAAUGUGUUCGUUCAUUUAACUUUGAAAGGACUUGAGAAAACCAAUGAAAUUAUAACAAAUAUAUAUCAAUACAUCAACAUGCUUCACUCUGAUGAACCAAAAAAGUGGGUGUUGGAUGAAAUACAGAUUUAUAAGAUGCAAGAUGACCUAACUAAUCAUUUUAUGGCAACUGUCUAUGAUCCUAAUUUAAUUAAGAAACUAUUAACUUGUCUUACUCCUGAUAAUAGUCGAAUCUUUUUACUUAGUAAAACGUUUGCCGACAAAUGUGUGGAGGAAGAACCCUGGUAUCACACUAAAUAUCUUGCUAUUAAUAUUCCUGAAAAUACCUUGUCAGCAUGGCGAAAUAGUCCUUCUAAUCCAGAAUUGAGAUUCCCCGAGCCAAAUUCAUUCAUUACUACUGAAUUUGAUUUGUUGCAAAACAAAUGCCCCAUGAAUGUGGAAAUGCCAGAAUUAUUAAUCGAAACAGAGAUGUCUCGUAUUUGGUACUUUCAAGAUACAGAAUUCAAUCUUCCCAAAGGUUUUAUCAAAUUUCAUAUUGUCAGUUUGUCAACAUUUUGUAGUCCUUUACAUGAAACACUUUGUGCGUUUUAUGUAAACUUGUUUUUGGAUCAGAUUUAUGAACUUAAUUACUCUAGUGUGUUUGCUGAUAUAACAGUUCAUGUGGGAUAUACUAAUAGAGGUAUCACGCUUUUGUUUUCAGGAUUUACCCAUAAAUUGAAAACUUUUGUCCAAGAAAUAGUAACACAACUUGUCGAUUAUUGGGAACCAAAAACUGAUCGUUUCGAAUGCAUCCGUGAGAAAAUUUCCCAAAAUAUUACCAAUUUUUCAUUAAAACCAACUCAUCACCAGGCCUGUACAUAUUUAACGAAUAUUACUACACAUCAUUCUUGGAUUAUUGAUGAUUUUAUUCAAGCUCUAAAAGAUAUUACCUACGAAAAGUUGGUUAAUUAUAUCAAAGAGUUUUAUGAAUGCAUUUUUAUCGAAGGCCUUAUAUAUGGCAGUAUCACCGAAAAGGAUGCAAUAGAUUAUUACGAAAUGAUUCGAGAUCUGUUAAUACAAAAAUUUGAUUCUAAACCAUUUUUGCUAUCUCACAUCGCAACACCUCGAGAAGUUAUAAUUCCUGAAGAUUCCAGUUUUCUUUAUCAACGAUAUAUUUCUGGUCAACCAGCUUCUGCGAUUUACUAUUACCUUCAAUGUGGUGAGCAGUCUACGCUUAACAAUACAUUACUCCAUCUGUUUUAUCAGAUUGUAAGAGAACCCAUUUUCGAUAAACUACAUACGGAACAACAAUUGGGUUAUGUUGUACAGGCUGGACUCCGACGAUCCAAUAAACUGCAAGGUUUUCGUAUUUUAGUGCAAUCAUCUUAUCAUCCUAAUAAAAUUGAUAAAUGUAUCGAAGAAUUUCUACUUACUGUAAAUAAACUGUUAGAAGAUAUGUCUGACGAAGAAUUUAAUGUUCAUGUGCAAUCCCUCAUGACACAUUUACUGGAAAAACCGAAAGGUAUGCAAGAUCGAUUUGGGCGUUUAUGGUCUGAAAUUGCUUGUCGACAUUAUAAUUUCAAACGAAAUGUACAUGCGGUUAGUGUAUUGAAAUCACUCAAAAAGAAUAACAUUAUCAAUUUCUUCAAAGAGUAUAUUGAUCCUUCAUCAUGUACAAGAAGAAAAUUAGUAGUUCAAAUAAUAUCGAAUGAAGAACAUUUAUGUGAUUCAGAAUUUAGUAAUCAUAACAAGAAGGUAGUCGUCCUAAAAAACCAUACGGAAUUGAAACGUUACUGUCCGUUGAGUUCUUUAACAAAACCAUUCAUGAUGUUCACUUCCAAAUAUGAAGGGAUAUCACUACGAUUUUAA